GUGCUGGGUAGCAGUGAUCCUCUUGACAACCAGGGGCUGGGCAGAAGCAUAAACUGGGUGGGAGACAACAACACAGAAAAGGGAGAACCCAAUUCCUGAAAUAACUAACUGCAGAAUCAGCGAACAUAAUUGUCCUUUACACAAAUUGGCAACGAGAUCCCUUCUACAAUUCAUGCAUUUGUAGAGACGACCAGCUGACACCAUGACUGCGGAGGAGACCAUCAAUAUCAAAGAGGUGGAGAUCAUUAAGCUGAUCCUGGACUUCCUCAACUCUCGCAAGCUGCACAUCAGCAUGCUGGCUCUAGAGAAGGAGAGUGGGGUCAUCAAUGGCCUCUACUCAGAUGACAUGCUCUUUCUUAGACAACUGGUACUAGAUGGCCAGUGGGAUGAGGUCCUGCAAUUUAUACAGCCCUUGGAGUGCAUGGAUAAGUUUGACCGAAAGAGGUUUCGCUACAUCGUCCUGAAGCAGAAGUUUCUGGAAGCCCUGUGUGUGAACAACGCCAUGUCGGCAGACAACGAGCCCCAGCAUAUGGAGGUCACCAUGCAGGAGGCGGUCAAGUGUCUCCACUCCCUGGAGGAGUUCUGUCCCUCCAAGGAGGACUACAGCAAGCUGUGCCUGCUCCUGACGCUGCCCCGCCUCACCAACCACGCCGAGUUCAAGGACUGGAACCCGAGCACGGCGCGCGUGCACUGCUUCGAGGAGGCCUGCGUGAUGGUGGCCGAGUUCAUCCCGGCCGACCGCAAGCUGAGCGAGGCCGGCUUCAAGGCCAGCGGCAACCGGCUCUUCCAGCUGCUCAUCAAGGGCGUGCUGUACGAGUGCUGCGUGGAGUUCUGCCAGAGCAAGGCCACGGGCGAGCAGAUCACCGAGAGCGAGGUGCUGCUGGGCAUCGACGUGCUCUGCGGCAACGGCUGCGACGACCUGGACCUCAGCCUGCUGUCCUGGCUGCAGAACCUGGCGCCCGGCGUCUUCUCCUGCGCCUUCGAGCAGAAGGUGCUCAACAUCCACGUGGACCGGCUGGCCAAGCCGGCCAAGGCCGCGUACGCCGACCUGCUGACGCCGCUCAUCACCAAGCUGUCGCCCCACCCGGCCUCGCCGCUGCGCCGCCCGCAGUCGGCCGACACCUACAUGUCGCGCUCGCUCAACCCCGCCCUGGACGGCCUCUCCCACGGGCUGGCCGGCCAGGACAAGCGGGCGGCCGAGCUCGGGGGCAAGGCCUCGCCCAUGUCCCACUCCUUCGCCAACUUCCAGUACCCCGGCGGCCCCAGCCUGACCCGCAGCCUGAUGGUGGAGCACGCGGACUGCCGGCGCAUUUACGAGGAGGCCCCGGAGAGAACGAACGCCUCGGUGGACAGGAUGCUGGGAUCGGUGGGACCCCUGGCCCCGAGGCCCUCCUCGGCCCCCGGCGGGGAGGCCCCGCCCCCGGGCUCGUCCGAGAGGAACGAGCUGCGAGACUCCUCAGACCAGUUCCAGGAGUACUACAGGCAGCGCAUGCGCGUGCAGCAGCACCUGGAGCAGAAGGAGCAGCAGAGGCAGCUCUACCAGCAGAUGCUCCUGGAGGGCGGAGUCAACCAGCAGGAAGGCCCGGACGGACAGCACAACCUCACCGACAAGUUCCUCAACAAGUCCAUAAAGAAGCUGGAGGAGCUGAAUGUUGGGAUGGAGAACCUCGGGGAGGAGGUGCAGCCCGUGCAUAACGGGAAGGCAGGAAGUGCGGGCCACGCCCCUGGCAACAACAUCACGCUGACGCCGGAGACGGGACAGGCGCAGGCCGGCGCCAGCGUGGUCAGCAGCACGCCCCACAGGGGCGGGGCCCGCGGCAUGCCCUCCCUGGACGAGUCGCCAGUCCUGGUGCCUCAGAGUGUGCAGAAGGACAGUGACACCCAGCCGCCUGCUCUGAAUGACACAGGAUCCUCUCCAACACGGAGGACUCAGUCUCAGGAGGGGGACAAGCCCAAGGCUCAGUUUGUGGCCAUCAGCACACUGGAGGACACGCAGGCCGUGCGCGCCGUGGCCUUCCACCCCUCGGGGGCGCUCUACGCCGUGGGCUCCAAUUCAAAAACGCUGCGGGUCUGCGCCUAUCCGGACGUGCUGGACCCCAGCGGGUCAGACUGCAUUAAGCAGCCGGUCGUUCGCUUCAAGAGGAACAAGCAUCACAAGGGCUCCAUAUACUGCGUGGCCUGGAGCCACUGCGGCCAGCUGCUGGCCACCGGCUCCAACGACAAGUACGUCAAAGUGCUGCCCUUCAAUGCCGAGACCUGCAACGCCACAGGGCCUGACCUGGAGUUCAGCAUGCACGACGGCACCAUCCGCGACCUGGCCUUCAUGGAGGGCCCGGAGAGCGGCGGGACGAUCCUGAUCAGCGCCGGCGCCGGAGACUGCAACAUCUACACCACAGACUGCCAGAGGGGCCAGGGUCUGCAUGCGCUCAGUGGGCACACAGGUCACAUCUUGUCCCUGUACACGUGGGGUGGCUGGAUGAUUGCUUCGGGCUCUCAGGACAAGACGGUGCGGUUCUGGGACCUGCGAGUACCCAGCUGCGUACGGGUAGUGGGGACGGCCUUACACGGCACAGGCAGUGCUGUGGCCUCAGUAGCUGUGGACCCCAGUGGGCGGCUCUUGGCCACCGGCCAGGAGGACUGCAGCUGCAUGCUCUAUGACAUCAGAGGAGGCAGGAUGGUGCAGACGUACCGCCCCCACAGCAGCGACGUGCGCUCGGUCCGCUUCUCCCCCGGGGCUCACUACCUGCUCACCGGCUCCUACGACAAUAAAGUCAUCAUCACUGACCUACAAGGGGACCUGACCAAGCAGCUGCCGCUCACGGUGGUGGGAGAGCACGGGGACAAGGUGAUCCAGUGCAGGUGGCACACGCACGACCUCUCCUUCCUGUCCUCCUCGGCCGACCGGACAGUCACACUGUGGGCCCACAACCCGUAGGAUCGGCGCACUGCGAACGCUGGCCAGAAGAAGCACAGUAACCUCAUCCCACCCCACACCCCACCUAACCUCCAUCCCGCACCCCAUACCCUGACGCUUACUGUACCUACCCCUCCACCCUCCCUUCUCACACCAACAAGAAAGGCCAUCUCAUCCUGCUAGGAAGGGCACACGGAAGACAAAUUUAUAUGUGUGUGUGUGUGCGUGUGUGCGUGCGUGCCUGCACGUGUGUCCACUGUUGUGCUGAUGGCUGUGCCAUAUGUUCCAAGCACAUUCAUGCUUCUAUGCCUGACUGUUGAAAUUGUACAUAAAGGCCACUCUGUCCCCGUAAAGUCAAGUGCUAAUUAUGUUCAACACUCACAUUGCUGCUUUCCUAAAUCAUGGAGAAGGACAGCACGUCAUCUGAACCCACUUCAAAGUAACUUCCACGUUACACACUUCAGUGAAUAACUUUUCAUGACUUGAACAAUGGGUGAAAAUUCAAGUCAGACCAUGUUAUGUUAUGUAAUCAUGUGGUGCCUUGAGAAGGUAGUCCAUAGACAGCUGUGUGUAUCAACAUUUUAGUUUGUCAUAUUUUUAAGAGGCAUGAAACAAAUUUCAGAACAAAGGCAUUGCGCUUUAUUUAGCACAUUGUUUUCCGCAGUGUGCCUAAUGGUGUGUGAUUCUGGUUCUGUAAUAAGUGGGUGUUGUGCUGUUACCGGCUGUCGAGCAUGGCCCCAGGUGCUGACAAAACAGAAAUGCUUGUCAAAAAUGUACAUGUCCACGCUGUAGGCUUAUUGGUCCCAGGCUUCUUUAACGCAUUUCUUUGUAAGGAAGAUGUAUAAAGGAAGCAUUGUUUUUAGAGGUGUAUAUUAUAAGCUAUCAGUUGUCCCACGACUCCAUUAAAAAAGCUGUCUUGUAAUUGAAAUGGUUUGCUUGCCAAAUACCAACAAAGAAGGGCAUUUAAAUGCUUUAGGUGGGUCAUUUUGGCACACUGUAGGCUUGUUUUGGGUUCAGCCUCAAUGUAAUGUCUUUUUUUUUUUUUUUUACUGAGAGGGGCACUUUCAUAUUCAAAGAUGAGUAACUAUGAAAGUAAUGUCAGAUAGCCUAUGGUGGCAAAUGCCCGUUAUGCAGUUUGCCUAUUUAAAAAUGAACUUUUAACACAAAAUAACACAUGGAAACGAGCAUGGCAUCACACUGGCAUGUUUUCAAGAAAGAAAAAACUAACCCCCAUUACCUUUUUCCUCCCAAGUGUUUUAAGUCUGCACUUUCUUUAGGGAACACAACUGCAGUUGAUGUUUCUCACAAAAUUGUUCUGAAUGUAAUGACUAAUGAUUUAUUUUCUUCUUGUACAAUAUUUUACGUUUAACUUAAAAACCAAAAUAAAGGGAAUUGUUAUUAAAUUUUAUAGUGUGGUGUGUGUUUACGUCCAUCACUGGAUAAACUUGUCAGUCUUCUUUUAUGAACCCUGUUAAAAUGUGACGAACAUAAUGGUUCUUAAAAUGUUACUGCUGCUGUUUCAUCUUAAUAAAUGCCUGUUUCAA